AAACGUUCACCCCAGACGUCCAAAGUUUUCGAGAUUGCACUGACCAAUUAAAAUGAUGGAUACUAUUCAAGCAAAUAAAACCAUCUAAUUUAUGUACUGUCACCAAUCAGGAUUGGACCGAGUGAAGAAAAGCGAGUGUGUACGGAAAUCACCGAAAGGUGUACGGAUAUAACUGAGUUUAGUGCGUAUUAGUGCGUAGAUUUGAUUGAGUGUUCCGUCUUCUGUGAACGAACAAUUUGGACAUCCAAGAUUAAUUCCUAAAGUGAAAGAACUCACCAUCCAGUUGGUUUAUCAAAGAAGAAUAUGAAGUGUCUUCAAAUAUUGUCUAUAACCAUCGCGCUGUUGAUAGCGCACAGCUCUGCUAUUAUAAGAAUUCCCCUCCACAAGACGCGCAGUAUGCGCCGCCUGAUGAGUGACAAUGGGAUGAGCUUUGAACAACUCCAGGACAUGGCCAAGACCGUUGGUGUUGCAGGAGCUGUCACACCACCAUCCGUACCAGCAACCACUCAGAGACCGAAAGUGCCAGUUGAGAGACUCACCAACUUCAUGGAUGCUCAGUACUAUGGGGUGAUCAGCAUAGGCACACCACCCCAGGACUUUACUGUGCUGUUUGACACCGGCUCCUCCAACCUAUGGGUGCCCUCCAUUCACUGCUCCUUCCUGGAUAUUGCAUGCUGGCUCCACCAUCGUUAUAACUCCAAGAAGUCGAGCACAUACGUUCAGAAUGGCACAACGUUCUCCAUCCAGUAUGGCAGAGGCAGCUUGUCUGGGUUCAUCAGUGGGGACACUGUCUCUUUGGCUGGCAUGCAGGUCGCUGGUCAACAGUUUGGUGAGGCCGUGAAGCAACCUGGCAUCACGUUUGCAGUGGCACGCUUUGAUGGGGUGCUGGGCAUGGGCUACCCUACCAUAUCUGUCGACAAGAUAACCCCUGUGUUUGACACCGCCAUGGCUGCCAAACUGUUGCCUCAGAACAUAUUUUCCUUCUAUAUUAGCAGAGAUCCAUUAGCUGCUGUAGGAGGAGAGCUGAUGCUGGGCGGCACGGACCCACUGCACUACACUGGAGACCUGCACUAUGUCAAUGUCACACGCAAGGCUUAUUGGCAGAUCGAGAUGAGCAGUGUGGAAGUGGGCAACCAACUGACGCUGUGCAAGGCCAGUUGCCAGGCGAUUGUUGACACGGGAACGUCCCUCAUCACCGGGCCUGUGGAGGAGGUCCGGGCACUGCACAAAGCCAUCGGAGCCUUGCCUCUACUGAUGGGAGAGUAUUGGAUUGACUGCAAGAAGGUUCCAUCUCUUCCCGUCAUCGCAUUCAACCUGGGAGGGAAGAUGUUCAACUUGACUGGAGACGACUAUAUCCUGAAGGAGUCCCAGAUGGGUCUGAAAAUCUGUCUGUCAGGCUUCAUGGCCAUGGACAUCCCUCCUCCGGCUGGACCGCUGUGGAUCCUGGGAGAUGUGUUCAUUGGACGCUACUACAGCGUGUUUGACAGAGACUCAGACCGCUUGGGGUUCGCCCCCGCCCAGUAGAGGGGAGAAACAACCCCUAUUCCCCACCCCAUAGCCACUUGUGGAGAUCUGAAAAGAUUUGAUAGGUAUAAGCAAUAUAGUGGUCCUACCAAACCAAGGUGGAGCUAGUACCUCUCAAAUCCCCACAGAUCAUGCUGAAUUAUAAGAGGAAAAACACCACCAAAAUGAACAAACCCCCCAAAAAGAAACUCCAAAGGGGCACCUUUGAUUGGUUCCUUGUCUUUGCCUGUUUUGCUUCUUGUGACUUUUUUGGGGGCUGUGUUUUUAAAAUUUUAUUUGAAGACUAAGUGUUGCCAUGUGAGUUUGGCGAAUAAUUAAUAAAUGGUUGCAGAUCGAAACUGAUAUGAGCUGCUGUAGGCAUUUCAGCUUGGUGUUUUGUAUGAUGACAAAGUGAUACUGUCUCUUUUCUGCACUGUUGUAUUACUUUUUUGUUUUUGGAAAGCAGAUUACUGAAUGCAUAUCAAUGUAAAUUAAACUCAGGUUGAUUUAACAAAAACAAUGAUGUCCAGUGAGUAACUACGGACCAGGGUACAGUAUACCAUGAUGCUUCUGUUAUUGCCUAAAUAAAAUGUUCAUGCAUUACAGCAUCAAGUGAUUCUAACUGAUUUACAUUUUAUUAAAUUUCAUUCUUAUCCAGGA